AUGGCAGAAAGCAAAGAUGACUUGGUGGACUCGGUUUAUCAAUCCGAGCUAAAUCCUGGCUCGGAGACGUCCAAAACAGGAAGCCCAAUUCAAGGAAACGAAUCCACAAUUGCAUCCACCGACAAUGAUAACAGCACCAAGAAGCGCAACAUCUCUGAAACGUAUCCCAACGAAUCUAGCAAAACACUGUCUUCUGACCCUCAUUCGGCUCUAUCUCGGAGAGGAAUCUCCCACUCAACUCAGCAUAAAAAGGCUUCCGUAUACACAGACACAAACCAAGAGGUUCCAGCAUGGAUGCGAAGCAAGCUCGCCAAUGAUGCAGCUCAUAAGUACGAUAAAUACGGUGGCCGCCGCACGGUAGAACUGACAAUUGCUCGUUCAGAGGAAAGUAAAGACCCUUACGCUAAGUAUGCAUCACCAAAAGAGGAUGAAGCUACGCAGCUGCAGCCAGAAGAUCCCUAUGCCAAAUAUGGCGCCCGUCCUAGACAGCAAGCAGACUCUCGAGUGAUUAGACGGGAUCCCGAGCCCGAAAGAAAACGUCGUCACAACAGACCGGAGCCUGUGGAGAAUGUAGAGGAGCCCAUAGCCGAAGUGGCUGCUUAUACGUCUGUGCCUUCGCUCAAAGGGCCUGGCAAUAAGACCGACUACAAGACAUUUCAAAGUAACAUAUCGCACAAGGAGAAUAAGGACAUCAACAGUAUUGUUCGCCAACAUUACAAUCAGAGAACGCAUCAGUCAAAAUUACAGGGUUCCAGAACACGCUCACCAAUAUACAAGAUGCGAAACUUCAAUAAUGCAAUCAAAUAUAUCCUUUUGGGUAAUUGGGUGAAGCGCAGGGCGCCGAACGCCCCAUUGGUUUUUUUGGAUUUGUGCUGUGGUAAGGGUGGAGAUUUGAACAAAUGCGAAUUUGUCAAUGUUGAUCAGUACAUUGGUAUUGAUAUCAGUGAUGCCUCUGUGCGCGAAGCUUUCUCAAGAUAUUCCCAAAACAAGGCACGUUUCAUACCUCAGAACCCACAAUCUAAGCGGAGUCGUGACUCUAGAAGAUACAACUUCGAAGCUUGCUUUGCUACUGGUGAUUUAUUCUCAUACACAAUCCCUGAGAUUCUAGAAAAGAAUUUUUCUGGUAUCAUUGAUGCUUUGUUUCCUGUUGACGCUGUCUCAAUCCAAUUCUCAUUCCACUACGCUUGGGAAACCGAGGACAAAGUGCGCACGAUUCUCACAAAUGUCAGUCGUUCAUUGAGACCAGGAGGAACUUUCAUCGGUACCAUUCCAUCCUCUGACUUCAUUCGCAGCAAGAUUUUGAAGAAGGAGUUUACUGAAGAGCGCACCUUUGGCAAUGAUUUGUAUCAUGUCCGUUUCGAACAAGAGCCUCCUGAAGAUGGCCAUUUCGAAUCACCUUAUGGUAAUCGAUACGACUACUUUCUCAAAGAUGCAGUUGAUGAUGUUCCAGAAUACGUUGUGCCUUUCGAAACUCUUAGACUGCUUUGUGAAGACUACGGUUUGAUUUUGAAAUACAAACAAAAUUUUCCUGACAUUUUCAAUCUGGAGAUUCCAAACUAUUUUUCAAAAUUGAAUAAGAAUUUGGUGGAUGGAAUGAAGCGUGCCGAUGGUAAGUAUGGUGUUGAAGGUGACGAAAAGGAAGCAGUGGCUUUUUACAUUGGAUUUGUGUUUGAAAAAGUUGGAAACUAA